AUUGCGUCGGGAGCCACACUUCGUCGUGUGACCUUAUUUUGAGGUCAAUUUUAUUGAGAUUCUGCUGUGCUGGAGUGAAGUUCUACAGACAUGGCAUCUUCAACGAAGUCAAAAAAUACUUGGAUCAGAAGUUUCACCGUCACAGACCCCACCAAACACGAAAAGGGAUUUACUGUUUACAAAGUGACAUACAGGGCGUUCUCCCUGGCAAAACCUGAAGAAAUAGUUGAGACGGUGGUUUGGAAGCGCUACAAUGAUUUUAAGAAGCUGCACAAGGCACUCGCCCAGCUGCAUUUCAACCUACGCAGGCCUGAAAAGUUUCCCGUCUUCGCCAAAGCAAAAUUCUUUGGUCGAUUUGAUGAUGAUGUCGUUGAAGAGAGACGUCAAAGUGCCCUCAAACUGCUGGAGUUUGUGGCCAAAAUCACUCCUCUUACACGCAAUCAUUUCUUUCGGAAUUUCUUCGCGGGAGGAGAGGAGGUCUCAAUAAAUCAGUCCGCGCCGGCACCCAUCCUGCAGCCCAAGGUUCUCCUCCCCAGCCCUUCUAAUGGUACGUCCCAUGCAAGAAGUCCACCCAGGUGUGAUUCGGCAUCUACUACUCCUACCGAGGGGAGAGAGCAGGGUUCCUCAGAGGGGCUGGCCAGCAGCCCAUCUCUGGGCGGGGUGUGGCUUCACAGGCAAAAUGAAGAGGACAUCACAGCCUAUGAGGCGGUUGACUAUGACAAUGACGAUGAUGAUGAUGAUCGGACGACGUUCAGUGAAGAUUCGGUGCCAUCCACGCCACUCCCACAGCUACAAAACAUGUCAUUCUUUGAUCCCCUCUCAGAUACAGAGCCAUCCUCAUCCAUGGCGGAGCUUCCCCCAAUACCCCAGAGCAACAGUUGGUUAUUCCAAGCCAUGGACAUGUGUGCAGUCCUCAAUGAGGACCCAGGGCAAGACUCGCCGGAUGACUCCACACCGGCAGACUCCACCACGGAUCUGUCCACCGACAGCGGUAUCACCAUCAACUUCCCUCAGGGGUUCGAUUCAUCGACCAGUGCUGCCAGCUCCAGAGAGCAGCAGCCAGCAGGCACACCGAUUCCCCCGGAGUCAACCGAAGACGUCAAGAACGAGCGUAACACCAUGGCCAGGGCCUAUCUAAACUGCAUCCGGGCUCAGCAAGCUGCUGAGAGGGACGCUAUGUACUCGGACGGUGGCAUGGUGGACUCGCGCUCUCUUAAUGCCAAGCCUAGAAUGGAUGAGACAGGAGGCAUGGGCGUGGCCCCCGUCACAGUGGGCGGAGAGGAAGACUACCUGUAUCAAGCAGCAUAUCACAUCAGUCUAGCGCUGGAGAACGAGGCUAACGGCAGCUACCAGGCGGCCUUUGACCUCUACAAGUCAGGGGUCGGCGUGCUGCUCAAAGGAGUCAUAGCGGAUGAUAAUAAAACUCGGCGCGAGGCAGUUCGCAGAAAGACGGCUCAAUAUCUGAUGAAAGCUGAGGAUUUGUACAACAAGUAUCUGUCAGCCGAUGCUACCAAUAGCAAGAGAUGGGAGUCUGAGCAACCUGGCAUCGAUGUUGACCCUCGCUCAGCUCACCUCAGAGGCCCUCAGGAGGAACUCAAGAAUUACAAAGUCCUGGGCUUGAUUGAUAGCGUGCUGCUGGUUCUUGACACAGUCACCUAUCAAACGUUUGUCAUUAAGGUAUUGCUGAAAUGUUCAACAGCCACCAAGCGAUCGACCUGUGCGCCGGCCAACUGCAGGUACAUGGUCAAGCCCUACCGAUUCAUCGAGACAGACAACGCCAUCUUCAUCGUCUUGGAGCAUGCCAGCGGAGGGAAGCUAUGGAGCUAUGCCAGCGGCUUCCUGAACCACGGAGCAGAGUCCUCCUACAAUCAGGCCCUGGCUGGCAGCCUGGAGAGGAAGAGCAUCGGCAGUUGCGGGUCACGGAGGUCGCGUCACAGCACGGCCAGCGGCAAAGAGGACAGGAAGCUGAAGGAAGACAUCUACGAGGAGAAUGUGUUUCCCGAGCCGGAGCAUCCUUCACCUCCAACGGAACAGUUUGGAGAUUUUGUUAGCAGCUCUCAAGACGAUGAUGGAAUGAAUGCUUUCACACCGGAUGCAUCCCCCAGUGGGGAAAACAGUUAUGCAAGUCUUGUUAUUGACUAUGGCAUGAAUUCUGCCGAGCCUGCUAUACAGGAUGCGCUAGAAGAAACACAAACACCUCCAGCUGUGGCAGACUCCAUCUCGCGUGAGUUUGCAGAUCUGGACAUCCGGGACACGGAGACAAACUUGAACGAUCUUGCCAACCAGUACUCGCAAUAUGACAACUUCUCUGGACACAGUAAUGUCGGCAAUAGCUUGUUGAGUGUGACUGAGCCGGGAAGAGUCAAAGUUGGUGGAAUGGACAAAGCUACCACAGCCCCCAUGAACUUGUUCAGCAUUGAUAGCCUCGAGAGUCCUGGAAGUGAAUUGCACAGUGCUGGUAGUGCAGACAAAACAGUGUUUGGUUUUGGCUCAGCUCCUUCAACUCCCAAAGGAAGGCCUGAAGAUGCUGAUGGUGUAAUUACCGACAGUCAUCUUCAUAGCAAAACAGGUGCAGCUGAUGCGUCGGCGCAUGGCACUCUUUCCACAUGGGUGGACCACAAUCCUGAGGAUGUCAUUGCGGAUGCCUUGAAGGUCAUGGAGGAUUUGGAAGAAAAUGACCAAGACGAUCUUGAAUUUGGCCUGGCACCUUCAAGCCGCAACCAUGCGCCCUCGGAGUUUGACGAGUUCAAUUCACUGCCUCCCAACGCAAGCCAAGUGCACACCCUGCCCGACACCAGCGGAUUUGCAUCUGCUAUGACCGAUGAUGUGAUAUCUUCAAAGCCUGGUACCGACCUGGCCGAGUUUUUCGACACUGCUUUCAAAGAGGACACGGGGACGUUAUCAGAGUCCAAGACAAGACCCCCUCUUGUCAGGCACAGCGCGAGUAUGUAUGAGAGAGGAACACACAGUGAUACCUCACCGAGACACAGACAGCAUUCAAAUCCACUUGACUUCAGAGUCGUAAGAAGUUCAUCUUUUGAAGAGGGUCAAUCAGGUGACAUUCUGUCAUCUUUGAUGCAAGUCAAGGAUGAGGACCGUGGGGGCUUUGAAUCUGUCUCCCUGCGGGAAGCCAAAGGCACGGCUGUCGAUAAAACUAAGAGUGAGCCCAAUCUUGGAGAGAUGCUUGGUGAAGCGACCUCAAGUGCAACCGUGUUGAGUCAAGAUGGUGGACAAGUAUCCGCUACGCAAUCUGAAAUCACCCCCAACCAACCAAACUUAGAUUUGAGCCUUGCCAAACACAGUAAUCAAUUGACAACAACCCAAUCCCCUGCCAAGCCAACGAACAACUUAUCACCGACGUCAACUCUGGAGGGCUCUGAAGCCAUGAUAUACAGCUCAUGUGAAUCCACUCCCAAACACUCAAUCUACUCCCCAGACUACGACAGCGGCACCGUCAUGGACUCGCCUAACAUGGAAAGUCCAGAUCCGCACUCAGCCAACGAGCAAGAUCUGCUUGGAGGCACUCAUAAAUAUUCAUAUACGAGUGACACAAAGAGUACACUGGGAGAUAACGAUGCAACCCCAACUCAUACCACCAUCCCUCAUCCGGAAUCUACAGCAUCAGCGACAAAAAUCGCAAAACCCAAACCUCGUGACGCACCCCUGCCGUCCCUCACCACCCUGUUUGCCCAAAUGGACGAACAGGUAACGGUCACCAAAUCCAGCACCUUGCCCGAGUCUUGCGUUCGACUCUGGGCCGCUGAGAUUCUCCUGGCCCUUACGGACCUACACGCCGCAGGUAUCAUCUGUCAAGAUCUGCGUCCUGAUAACAUCCUGCUUGCGGAGGGUGGCCAUGUCAGACUCACGUACUUCAGCCAGUGGCAGUAUGUUGAGAGAACGCUAUCCGCCUACGCCAAGGAGUAUUUCUACACGGCGCCGGAGGUGAACGGGAUCUUCAGCGUAACGCCGGCUUGUGAUUGGUGGAGCUUUGGCGUCCUGCUGUAUGAACUACUCACAGGCACGUCUCUACACGGCUGUCAUCCCAGUGGGCUUAGCUCCCACACUCAGCUCAUCUUACCAGACCACGUGUCACCAGAGGCAGCCAGUCUCCUCAAACAGUUACUACAAGUCAACCCAUUGGAGAGACUGGGCAGCCAUCGCGCCGGCGGGGCCGAGGAGAUUCGCAUCCAUCAGUUCUUCAAGGACAUCAACUGGACUAACUUGCAGAAGACAGCUCACUCCUGAACUAUGCGACCAGCAAUCUUGCCCAAAAAAAAA